UCGCGCGCGGCUACAGUCACAGAACUACAGUCACUAGUGUACUAGCGCGGCUGUUGUGUUGAGGUUUUAGCGUUUUGUUUUGUGGUUUCUCGUUUAAACGUUUUGAGGCGUGGCGUCGUGACAUAGAUAAUUAUGUUACAAUAGCUGUCAUUUGAGAACAGCAGGGGUUCAAACAGCUAAAAUUUGGCGGGGUGAUGUCACUGUUCGUGAACGCCCGUCAAUGUGCCUGACCGGGUUGACACAUCAAUACAAUGUUUUCAGGAGCGCGCAUAUUUAUUGUGCCUACGGGUAUUGGAGGCCCACGGGUGCAACUCUACAAGAGCAAAGUAGUUGAGCUCGGGGCCACAGUUGUGGGCGACGAAAAACAGGCCACGCACAUAGUCGUGUCGGAGUCGUUGGAAAGAGACCGUUUCUCCAAAAUAUUGGACCCAGAAAACUUGCCUACAGCUGCGAAAAUCGUGAAGUGCACGUGGCUGAGCGAGUGCUUGAAGAACAGCUCAUUAAUGCAAACAACAACGCACGAACUGCCCUGGAAGUCAUCGCCGAGUACGUGCAGCGACAGUAGUGUUUCAUCUAAGCGAGCGAAACUUGAGCUUGCAGAUUGCGUAGAUCAGCCUGGUGCGUCUCUGGGCGAGAAAUCCUCAAUGAUGCAAAAAACUGUGGUUUCGGACAAGUGGGUUUGUGCAGUUCCCUCCACAGACGUGCUUGUGAACAAGAAUGCCCACAUAACAGACCAGUUGGAGGCCAUGGUUGAAACUUAUCAAAGCACUAAGGAUCACUGGAGAGCACUAGGUUAUGAAAAAGCCAUCAUGCAGCUAAAACGGCAUCCUACCGAGAUCACAACAUGGGAGGAAGCCAGGGCCCUGCCUAAUGUAGGAAAAAGGCUGGCAGACAAAAUAUGGGAGAUUGUUCAGCAGGGCAGGCUUCAAAAGCUGGAAGAAUUUCAAAGCCAGGAGAACCUUGUUGCACAGAACUUGUUCACAAAAAUCUGGGGUGCUGGGCCAGCAACAGCACAAAAGUGGGUCCAGCAGGGUUUUCGUUCACUGGAAGCACUUGCUGCCAAAGGAAAUCUGAGCAGCCAGCAGAAAAUCGGGCUCAAGCACUUCCAUGACUUCCUUGAGAAGAUGCCGUCUGCAGAAGCAGAGUUGAUUGCAGACACAGUGAAGAAAGCAGCCCUGUCAAUCCAGCCUGCACUGGAGGUGAUUCCGUGUGGCUCCUAUCGCAGAGGCCGAGCCAUGUGCGGUGAUGUUGAUGUCCUGAUCACGCACCCUGAUGGCAAGUCUCAUGAAGGCGUCCUCUGCAAGAUACUGCAGGUCCUUCAUGAAAGCC